GUAGCGCGAGCAGGAAGUGUCAAACGGGACCUUGGUACGCCGAGAACACGCACACCCAUUUUCAUAAUACCCUAUCAAGAGUUCGUCGGUCUUCUUACAUACAUAACCGCCCAAAGACACGGACAAGCCGCGUGGAAGCGUCAGAUUGCCCUCUGAUUUUGUAAUAGACUAUCAGUCCCUCGAUCCUCCACAAUAUGCAGUCGGUACGAUUGGACGCCUCUCCCGCUGGCGCGCGUCUCCGGUUCCUACGGUUCAAAACUGGCUGGGAGCUCGAGGGUUGUCUUCUCCCGGCGUCGCCUUCCGACGUCCCGUAUCGCCGCACACCAAAGCGCGACCUGCCUCUCUUCGACGGAACACCUGUGCCUCUGCACCAUAAACGGUGCUCGCCGAACUCGUCCCUCCCAUCGCUGCGCGCCCCACGUCCGACGCCACCGCAUUGUGCGGCACCAACCUCACCUCUCCGCUAUGCCGCCAUGUGGGUCGCACUGGCGUGUUAUGCGCUCCGCGGUGAAGUGAUUGUCAAUCUGGGGUAGGCACCCGGGUUAGGUGUACGCGCUAAACGGCGAUUAGCCAAUGGCUAGGCUCCGUGACGGCAGUUUCGGCAGGAUCUUGACUGGCAAGCAUCGUGGCA